UCGUUCACGUCGCACGCAUGUCGCGCGUCCGCACCGCUGCCCUGCUGUGCGCGUGCGCACUCGCCGCCAACAUCGUCGCAGCGCCUCCGAAACGGACAGACAAUAAAGGUUCAGAGAACAUGGCGCAGGAGAGAACGAUAGUAAUACGGAGGGUCCUUCCCAAAGCCUUUGUUUACCCCUUCAGUCUGUGGCCGCUGCCGAAAUAUCCUUUCGGAGGUGUAAAACUGCUGGAAGCGAAUCCAGAUGUUAAAAGGCUCUACGACGACCUCCUUAGUAACUACAAUCGUUUGAUCCGACCGGUGACCAAUGUCAGCGAUAUACUCACGGUCAGGCUGGGACUGAAGUUAUCGCAGUUAAUGGAAGUCAAUCUGAAGAACCAGGUCAUGACGACUAAUUUGUGGGUUGAGCAGAAAUGGUUUGACUAUAAACUGCAGUGGAAUCCGGACGAUUACGGAGGGCUGGAAAUGCUGUACGUGCCCUCGGAACAUAUCUGGCUGCCUGAUAUCGUCCUCUACAAUAAUUGGGAUGGAAAUUACGAAGUGACUCUGAUGACGAAAGCAACUUUGAAGUACACGGGUGAAGUAAACUGGAAACCACCGGCGAUUUACAAAUCGUCAUGUGAAAUCAAUGUAGAGUACUUUCCGUUCGAUGAACAAACAUGCUUCAUGAAGUUUGGAUCUUGGACUUAUAAUGGUGCCCAGGUUGACUUAAAACAUAUGGAUCAACUACCUGGCAGUAGUCUCGUGCAUGUUGGGAUAGAUCUCAGUGAAUUUUACUUGUCUGUGGAAUGGGAUAUACUUGAAGUACCGGCCACUAGGAAUGAGGAAUAUUACCCAUGCUGCCCGGAGCCAUUCUCUGACAUAACAUUCAAGCUGACGAUGCGAAGAAAAACUCUAUUUUACACGGUUAACCUGAUUAUCCCUUGUGUUGGAUUAACGUUUUUAACUGUACUCGUGUUUUACUUGCCAUCAGAUUCUGGUGAAAAGAUCUCGCUCUGCAUCUCCAUCCUGGUGUCCCUCACUGUGUUCUUCCUUGGUCUGGCCGAGAUCAUCCCGCCAACAUCUUUGGCGAUCCCCUUGCUCGGGAAAUAUCUGCUAUUCACAAUGAUUCUCGUCUCGCUGAGCGUUUGGGUCACUGUAUGCAUUGUAAACGUCCAUUUCAGAUCACCGUCCACGCACACGAUGUCCCCAUGGAUGAAGAAGCUGUUUCUGCAACUGAUGCCCAAGCUCCUCAUGAUGAGGAGGACUAAGUACUCCCUGCCGGACUACGACGAUACCUUCGUGUCAAAUGGCUAUACCAAUGAGUUGGAAAUGAGCAGGGACAGCUUGACGGAUGCAUAUGACAGCAAAGGCGAGGAAGGCGACUACCGGAAGUCCCCAGCCCCUGAGGAUGACAUACUAGGAGCGGGUGUCCAUCAGAGACCAUCAGUGACGGAAUCAGAGAAUAUGCUACCGCGACAUCUGUCUCCAGAAGUCGCUGCAGCCCUCCAGAGUGUUCGGUUCAUCGCCCAGCACAUCAAGGACGCUGACAAAGAUAAUGAGGUAGUGGAAGAUUGGAAAUUCAUGUCUAUGGUGCUAGACAGAUUCUUCCUAUGGCUUUUCACCAUUGCUUGCUUCGUGGGUACAUUCGGCAUCAUCUUCCAGUCUCCAUCGCUCUACGAUACCAGGGUACCAGUCGACCAGCAGAUAUCUUCAAUACCCAUGCGAAAGAACAACUUCUUCUAUCCAAAAGACAUAGAAAUUAUUGGUAUUGUUAAUUAGACUUCUCUUCUCUUCUACUGGCUCUGUGCCCUUAAGCAGAUAUCUAUAAUCACAAUUAUCAAGGCAGGCUUUCAUUGGCAGGGCUCGGGUCUUCUCUCAGAACUAGAUGGGUUUAGACCGUAGUCCACCACGCUGGCCUAGUGCGGAUUGGUAGACA